AUGUCUCUUUCCGAUGAAAGUCUCUCGAGAAUCUUGCGAUUCUCUAUAAAUCUGGCCCGUCAAGCUGGUGCCAUAAUCAUCGAUGGCUCGGCAUCUGUUCGAGGGGAGGCCAUUAAUGAGAAAAAGAACGCUGUGGACCUUGUCACCGAAUGGGAUGUCAAGGUUGAGACGUUUGUCCGACAAGAGAUCUCUCGUGCUUAUCCCACAUUCAAGUUUAUCGGAGAAGAAAGCUUUUCUGCUAGUGAGACAUCAGGUCUCACCGAUGAGCCCACUUUUUGCGUCGAUCCCAUCGAUGGGACAACAAACUUCGUGCAUGGAUUCCUUUUGCCUGCAAAACCAACUAUUGGGGUCAUUUACAACCCCUUCCUUGAUCACCUCUAUAGUGGUCUCAGAGGCCACGGCUCCUACCUCAACGAAAGGAUCAGGCUCCCCAUCCAUCCUCCCUCUCCUUUGCUUUCCCUUUCAUCUGCCUUAAUCGGACUUGAAUGGGGAUCAGACCGGUCGAGAGAGAUCCUCUCUAAGAAGGGGGGAGUCGAAGGGGGAAAGAUGUGUCACAGCAUCCGGAGUUUAGGGAGCGCAGCUUUGAACUAUACUCUUGUUGCCAGCGGGAGUCUGGAUCUUUACUGGUCUUGGGAUGUUUGUGCAGGAAUCGUGAUCGCUCAGGAAGCAGGAGCAUUUGUGGCAGGCUCCCACAUCUCCAAAUUCCAGGAUGAGGUUACUGAAGACAUCUUGAUUGGUCGCAAGUAUAUCGUAGUAAGGGCGAUCGCGGACACAACGAAUGAAAGCGGAAAGGACGCUCAAAAGCGGAUAGUGCGAGAGUUUUACUCUGCAGUCGAGGAUUAUGAACCCAGUUAG